AUCAAUUUGAGUAAAGCAAAAACAAUCUGUAUCGGCAGUCCCCAGCGGAUGAGGAAAUAAAAUUGGUAACUUUUGAAAAUACCUAAGCCCAAGGAAGGGAUUAUGUCUCAUCCAGUGGAGCGCCAAAAGCGGCCGCGCAAAUAUCCCUUUGCCAAUCUGCAUAUAGGGGAUCACACUGUGCUGGACACAAUCGAGGGCCGCCACAUUUGUGGGGACUGCAACAGAUCUAGGAAAUUUUUCUGCUAUAGCUGCUACAAGCCUGUAGGGGACCUGGGAGAAGUCUUACCAAAAGUGGAGCUACCUCUGAAGAUUGACAUUAUUAAGCAUAAGAAGGAAAUCGAUGGGAAAAGCACAGCAGUGCAUGCGGCAGUCUUGGCUCCGGAACAUGUCACAAUACACACAUAUCCGAAUAUACCGGACUACAGAGGCGAGCCGGGCGUUGUGCUAAUCUUUCCCAGCUCAAAGAGUCUGACAGUUCCUCAACUCUUUGAAAGGAAUGUACAGCUUAAAAUAGAUGAUAAUUACGGCUUGCCGAAAGGCCAUCACAUGGGAACCAUGCUCCGCCGCCGCAUGGACGAAGUGGAAGUGACGUCCGAGAUGGAGGAGUUAUCAAUAAAGAGCCAUUACACCUUUGGCAAUCUGCCGAUACAAAGAGCCGUCUUUAUUGAUAGCACAUGGAACCAAAGUCGUAGCAUCUAUUUGGAUGAGCGGGUUAGACAAUUGAAGACUGUGGUAUUACAAAACCGUCUCUCGCAGUUCUGGCGUCAUCAAAAAGGGAGCCCACGCUGGUAUUUGGCCACCAUUGAAGCUAUUCAUCAAUUUCUGUUAGAGGUUCAUGUCAAUGCAUGGGGUCUUAAUGCUGCCUACCGAGGACUGGACAACCUGGAAAUAACGGAGGGCUUUCAUCAGCUGGCCAAGCCACUGACAAUAGCUACAGCCACGGAGGAGAAUGCUGUGAAGCGUGAAUCGCCUUACAAUGGACAGUACGAUAAUCUCUUGUUUUUCUUUGCCAAUAUGUAUGAUCUUAUACAUAAAUAUUAUGACCACAAUGAUCUGAUAUCCUAUCGGCGUCCCAUUUAAAUAUGUUUGUCCUUUAUUCAGACAGACAAAAUAAAAGAUUAAGUUAAUUUAAA